GUCUCUACAAAACCGGGAGAGUUAAGGGAAGGGGAGCUUUGCGCCUUGGAGUGAAACCGGGGGAGAGCUUUCAACUCUCUUUCUAUCCCGCUAGGAUCGAGGAGUUGUGUGGAAGUUGUGGAUCGAAAGGAGAAAAAGGAAAGGAGGGGUGUUUUCAGUGUUUGUGGGUUGUUUGAGAGAGCUAAGGAAGAAGAAAGAUGUUGGAGUUUCACGCUUCUUCAGAUGAAUAUCAGAAGCUUGUUACAAGGAUGAGUACUCCCAGGGUCGCCAUCGACAAUGCCGUUUGCCCCACUGCGACCCUCAUCAAGGUUGACAGCGCUAGGACACAUGGGAUUUUGUUAGAAGCUGUUCAAGCUCUAACAGAUCUGAAUCUUUCCAUUAAGAAAGCUUACAUCUCUUCUGAUGGCCAGUGGCUCAUGGAUGUUUUCCAUGUGACUGAUCUAGAUGGUAACAAAUUGACGGAUGAAAGCGUAAUCAGUUACAUCAAACAGUCCCUUGAACCGACUCACUAUGCUAGGAACCAUGGUUUUCAUGGUUUAACAGCAUUGGAAUUGACGGGGACGGAUCGGGUUGGUCUUUUAUCUGAAGUGUUUGCUGUUUUAGCUGAACUGCAAUGCAGUGUGGUGGAGUCCAAAGUGUGGACUCACAAUGGUCGAAUUGCAUCCUUGAUCUAUGUUAAAGACUGCAAUUCGGGGUGUCCUAUUGAGGAUUCUCAGAAAAUUGACAGAAUUAUAGCACGAUUAAGGAAUGUCCUCAAGGGAGACAAUGACAUUUGCAGUGCCAAAACAACAGUUUCAAUGGAUGUUACACACACUGAGAGGAGGUUGCAUCAGAUGAUGUUUGCAGAUCGUGACUAUGAAAGGGAACCCAUUUUACAGCACUGUACGGAUUCUCCUGUGGUCACGGUGCAGAACUGGGCGGAGAGGGGUUAUUCUGUCGUGAACGUUCAGUGCAAGGAUAGGACCAAGCUUUUAUUUGAUGUUGUUUGCACCUUGACAGAUAUGCAGUACGUUGUGUCUCAUGCCACUAUCAACACUGCUGGGGACAGAGCAUAUCUGGAUUUCUAUAUUCGGCAUAUGGAUGGAAACCCCAUUAGUUCAGAACCUGAAAGACAAAGGGUAAUUCAAUGCCUGCAAGCUGCAGUGGAAAGAAGAGCAUCUGAGGGUGUAAGGCUGGAAUUGUGCACGGCUGAUAGACAGGGUCUACUAGCAGAUGUGACACGAACAUUCAGAGAAAAUGGUCUAAACGUGACAAGAGCUGAGAUAUCAACCGCAAAUGACAUGGCUAUAAAUGUUUUCUAUGUAACGGAUGCAAUUGGGAACCCUGCAGAUCCAAAACUCAUCGAAGCAGUCAGGCAGAGAAUUGGACUGAGCGAGCUAAAAGUGAAGGAAUUGCCUUCGAUAUAUCAUGCAGAGGAAGAAAGGGGAGAACAAGCAGCAGGGGUUGGUGGGGCAGUGUUGUUCUCACUUGGGAGCUUAGUGAGAAGGAAUCUAUACAAUUUGGGAUUGAUCAAAUCAUAUUCUUAAAGUGCACCGAUCGCAAAGGCAAUCCACAGUUCGGUAGAUGAAAUCAUAUUCAUUUGGGUUGGCAAUUAGCAUAUUCUUUGCUUGAUGUUUGGGAUUUGUAAAUAUGAAAAAGGUGGAAUUUGGUAAUAGUAAUUGUAGUUGGGGUGUGGUUGGUUGAAUAGAUAUUUGGCGGUAGCUCCACCAAAAAUUGUUAAUGGAUGCUUGGUUUGAACAAAGAAAGGAAAAAACAGAUGGAAAAUGAUAAAGGAGGUUAUUGGUGGGGUUUGGGACACAGAUUCUUGAUGGCAGAAAGAAGAGGAUUAGGUAGAUGAAAACAUGGGUUUAUCAGACUGUAACACAUUUGUACAUAACGAAUUUUUAUUAAGUAUUAAUUAUAAUGGUUGACUUGAUUUUUUAAUAUCUCAGCACUCUCUAUGACCCUUUGGGGUCCACUUCAUGAGGAUUCCAGUGUUCUGAUUAAAGCAAUGGGGACAUG